AUGGUGGAUAAAUCGCUCAACGCCGAAUUUAUCGAUGCACAUAAUGAAUACCGUGCAUUGCACGGAUGUGGAAAGCUUAAAUUUGAUAUGGCUUUGGCCCGGAGUGCUCAAAAAUAUGCGGAACAAUUAGCCCAACUGGGUUAUAUGAAUCACAGUUCGUGUGACGGUUACGGAGAAAACCUGGCUGCUCGAUCCUCUUCUGGCGUGGCCAUAAUGACUGGCAGAGAAGCAACUAAAAUGUGGUACGACGAAAUCAUUCUGCACGAUUUUAAGGGAGGUUACAACGGUGCUACUGGUCAUUUUAGUCAGGUGAUCUGGAAGAACACGACAAACGCGGGAUUCGGACGAGCUAGCACCAAAGACGGUCAUAAGAUGUUCAUGGUAGGGCAUUACACCCCACCUGGAAACGUGCAGGGUGAAUUCGAGGCGAACGUACCCAGGUUAACUUCACGGAAGAAGUCGUCGGUAUUUGGAAAACUCUUCCAGAAGCGUAAGAAGUCCAAGGAACCAAAAGUGGUAUCAAAAAAACAUGGAAAGAAUAGUGCCGGUGAAAAGGAGAUUGUCGUGAACUCAAAGAAACGAGGAAAAAGUCAGUCCACUGAAAGAGAAAUUGUUGUUCCACCGAAUUCUCAUGCUCGAAAAACCGCAUCACCGGCAAAACAGACAUUGUUCUCCUCCUCGACCACAUCGUCGUCAACUCACCGUGUGGUUAUUGUGCGGGAAUUCGAGGACAAAAAUAGGUCGAAAGGCGGAGUUUUCAAAAAGAAGCCCUAG